GACGAACCGGUGCAGUUCGGACCAGUGUGUCGCAUUACCGAUUACCACUCACACACACACCGCGUCGAAAACCGUAACCGAAAACCGAGAAUCGAAACCACGAGUUCGAGUUCGCCGAUUGCCGUGUUACGAUCGGAACCGCGAAUACACGUGUCACGAAGGGCGGAUUGCAAAGUGCGUUUUUUUUUAUUUUAUGGAAGAUUAAUGACCCAACAGCUGCCCCCGUUGGAACAUUUCGUGACAAGAAACAAACAAAGCGAAGUGGAUUAACUGGUCGUCGGGAGAGCUGGGUUAAUUGUCGUUCGAUUCUAGGAGGCUCUGAGACUGUGUGUGUGCAAACAAAAUACGCGAUCCCGAAAGUCCUGAUACGCAACAGCUCGUCCGUAUUUCGAAUAGAGUGAAGAAGUACGAUUGGAAUUAAUCUGCAGUGCGUAGGUUGUGGAAAAAAAACGUAGCGAACUGCUUGUUCGUAAAUCGUCAAAACGAUCGUCCCGAGGUCGUCCGGGGUUGGUGUGUUUGUGCAUGUUUGUAAUUAAGUCGCCAGAAAAGUGAUACCAUAAAUUACAGCACACAGCUGAAAGUGAUUUAUCCGGUCUGAGUCGACUGACAGGUCCAUGCCCGGAAGAGGCGGUUGAAACCGCGGAAGAGAAAUUAUACCAGGAAAAAAUACGAAAUACUUGAAAACCGAGUGUGAGGAUUGCGAUCGUGAUCGUCCUCCUCCGUUGUUGGAUGUGAUCUAGUCGAACGAGUCCUAGCGAGGACUGCCUGUGUGAAGUGUUGAUUCCGGUGCGUAAGGUGAUGUGAAGUGUUUCGAUACAACGUGAUAAAUAUUUAUGCUUUCGGCUGUUUUGCUGUGAUAAAUUGUUACCAAGACUGACAGCUGACGGACGCCGCCACGAUGGGCAUUUUCGGGGAGGAGUGGAGUCGGACGGAGAUCAUCACGACUUCGUCAUCGACCACCACCAAAACCAUCACCACACCCGCUAAGCUGUACGGCAAAGAUCUCGGCGCAUAUGACGACGUCGAUGUGGACGAACUUCUGGCGCAGCUUUCACCGGAAGAGAUUACCCUCCUGGCCAAAGAGGUCGAUCCGGAUGAUUCUUUCCUGCCACCAAGCCAGAGAACCAACUACGAAUGUACGAAGGAAGCCACCGGUCCACUGGAUCGGAAAAAGCUGAUAGAUCACAUUAACAAGCAGGCCAUGGAGACACCGGAUCGGCCCGAACUGGAGCCGUUCGUGCCCGGUGUGGUUCGUGGCAAGAAGUGGAUUCCACCUCCACAGGAGAAAAGAAUGCAGGAAGCGGCCGACCAGAUCGCGAUAGAUCUGGGCGAUGAGUACGAGCACGCCCUGUCGGAUGCCACCCAGGAGGAAAUUAUCGAUCUGGCUGCCAUCCUCGGGUUCCACUCGAUGAUGAACCAGGACCAGUAUCAUGCUUCGUUGCUCAACAAAGGCCAGCCGGUGGGGCUGGGCUGGGACGGUAUUACCAAGUCGUCCAUCCAGAAGGUAUUCCCCGCGGAGGCACCGAACAACACCGAUCCGGAGGAGAUGAUCAAGAGAAUAAAGGAUGACGACAGCAAGUUGGUCGAUGUGAACUUCAAUAAUAUUAAGAACAUUUCCGACGCUCAGUUCGAAAAGCUGUUCGAGGCACUGCAGAGCAACACCCACCUGGAAGUGCUCUCGCUGACCAACACCGGUCUGACGGAUCGCACUGCCCUGCUGCUAGCCGCCGCCAUCGAGCGCAACCACACCUUGCGGGUGCUGAAUGUGGAGACCAACUUCAUCAGUCCGUCGGUGAUUGUGACGCUGGUAAGAUCCCUGCUGACACAGAUGAGCAUCGAGGAGUUCCGGGCUUCGAACCAGCGAUCACAAGUGCUGGGCAACAAAAUCGAGAUGGAGAUCACCGACCUGGUGGAAAAGAAUACGACCCUGCUGCGGCUAGGUCUGCACCUCGAAUUCAACGACGCCCGUCACCGAGUGGCAGCCCAUCUGCAGCGUAACAUCGAUAGAAUCCGGAUCGAUAAGAAAGAUGGUCGAUCGUCGCGGGGUAGCUUUUAUCGGCCCCAUCACACCGAGGAACGGAUGGACGAGCUCGAGGGUGUCGAAGAGGAAGAGGAGGAACCGGAAGUGCGCGAAGUACCACAGGACUACGACGUCGAGGAGGAUCCCGACAACAUCGUCAUUCGUCCACCGCCCUCCGACGACGAAGAUAUUAAGAAAAGAUCUGUCGCAGCGUCUGCAGUUUAGAUUUUUCCAAAAUAUUCACAGAAAGCAGGCGACAAUGAUACAGUGAACUGGCGUCAGCUCGUAAAACACCGUACCGAGUGGCUAAGAACGUUAUUUAAUAUAGAGAGUCGUGUUUUUAUUGUAUGAUUACCUUGUAAAAUCUGCUGCCAAAAAGCAAAACAGUUUUAUCAUUGAACUGGAAACGAAAGACCAGGAAGUUUCGUUGCUCGCAUCGUUUUCUAAUGUGUUUUUUUUUUUUGGUUUCUUUCUCUAUCUGAUGAGGGUAGGAAAUUGAAAAAGGGUAAAUAUUAUCUAAAAAUUUGAGAUAGUUGAGCAAAAACGAAAACAACAACGUGGAAUUCAAACUUUUAUCACGCCGAUCUGUCAAAGUAGCCGAGUGUUUUUAUUUUAUUUUUUUGUUGCUACCUUCUUCAAUGUGUAUACAGUGUAAUUAAUCAGGAAGGUACGAAGUACGAAGAGAGAGAUAUACAGAAAAAAAAGAGGGGAUACUUGUUGCAAUUAAAGUCUUUUUUUUUGUUACUCUACAAUUGUAAAAGUUAGUUAGCCGGUAGGGGAAAAAAUUAAGUUGAUAGACUAAAAAAAGUGAAAGAAAGAGAGGAACGAAGUAGCAGCAGAAGCGUCAUCGUCAUCAUCAUGUUUCAUCGUCGUCUCAGCAACCAACACUCAACAAACUGUCAACAAUCGACCGCAUUUUUGUGAACUACUGCGAAGGUUUCCGCCUAAUCAUCGUUUGAAGUCAUUUCUUUCGCCCAAAAAAAAGUAAAGUGUAUACACGCUCCCCCUUCCCCAGAAAAACGGUCUGCCGUCCCGGGAUAUUUUAUUUCUAUUGUGCUCUCAAAUGAAAUGCUAGAGUUGAGGCAGUCAUCGGCCGGGCUGAAUUCCGUUUCCCGUUUCGACCGGACGGAGAUGGAAGCCCUCCUGCGUCUAAUCGUUGAAAUAAAAGGAUGAAAAAAUACGCCAAUCUCGCCUGAAUCAGCGCAAGUAAAUUCGGUCGCUGCCGCCGCCUACAAGUCGGACUGCGGCCGUCAAAAUUAUACCAACUUCAUCGCUGCAAAAUAGAACAAAACCUAAACACACAAACACAUAUUUAUCUUCUAUCAGCAACACAAAACCAUCUGUAAACCACACACACAACCCAGUACAGUACAGUGUUUGCAAAUGGCGCUUGAGUAACUGUCUAUUUGUUUAUGUUUGUCAGCUCCAUCUCAGUGUGUGUGUGAAAGUGCAACUUUGUGUGUGUGUCUCGUCCAAACCAAUCGUCUGGAUAGUGUGAGUGUCUACCAAUCAACACAUAAACAUUCUAAACAACAACCACACACAUACUCUCCUUCCAAAACACACAAACCAAUCACCGCCAACGCAAAUGCUAUUCGAGUGUCGUCUUCGUCUUCGUCUUCACAGUAUUGUCGGGUUUCGGGUGUCGAGCUUCGCACCGGGAAGCAAACGGAAUCAUGGCGGAGGUGGAAAACAGGCCGUUUACUUCGUUGCGUAGGACAAGGAAACCGUUCGAACACCACUGGAUUUAUGCGCGGCUGAAGGCCAUCAACCAACCAACCUUCGUCAUCGGAGUUUUUAUUGUAUUAGUUUGUUCCCGAAAGUAGAAUCGAUCGACUAGUGUUUUUUAUUCCACUUUUUGUGUCGCAAAAAAAGACGGUGCCCUGCGGGCCCAGUUUAUUUUUGCACGUUUAAAAUUUGAAAUUUUAAAGCUUGACGAGUUCCGCACAGAAUUAAGACAUUAAACGUAAAGUGCAGCCAAGCGCCAUCCCGUUCUACCCAUUUCAUGUGCGCGUGUGCUGAUUCAAAACAACAACAACAACGAUUGUAGUUACACACAUUUGAAUACGGUUUUUUUUAAGACCCUAGUAGAGUUAGUAAUUAAUUAUACAUUUAUAGUAACUACCGCUUAAGAGAGCUACCACAGCCGGCAACAUAAAGAAAAAGAAGAUUGGCGCAUAUUUUCAUCCCUUGUCGUGUGUAGAGAUUCAGAAAAACGAUGAUUACCUAAACUCUUUUAUUUAUAUGAAUUAUUCUAACUUUUAACGAAUGAAAAAAAAACACAACACAACCAACUUUUACUUUAUACUUUUAAUUAGUUGAUUAGUUUCAUUGUAAUUAUGAUAGAAACAACAUGGAAAUUCAAACAAACAAAAAAAAACAAAAGCUUUCAACAAUCAAUUCAAAUUGAAAGAAAUACACUGCCUGAGUCAAGCUUAACAAUGUUGAAAUGAUGCAAAAAAAAUGUGAUCGUUGCUUCAGCCAGCAGUUUUCACGAAUAUAUAAAGCUUUCCUCAUCAACCCUCAUCACUAAAAUGUUAUUUAAAAACCAUGAAAAUAUAAACGUGUAAAACGAAAAA